AGUGCAGUUUACCAGUCCUUGACCGAUGUUGCGCCGUGCACUGGUGUCAUCACUACUGUUACGAUUAUAGGACGAUCCGGUCUCCGAGACUUCAACGCUUCCGCGUACACCGACUACGGUUUACAUUUUUCGUACAUAUUAUUUUUUUUUUCUUUUUGUAUUGUAAAUUCCGCAUUGUAAUAAAGUAAUUUUACGUAUAUUAUACUGCAUUUAUAGUGAUUAAAAUUAUACGUAAAUUGUGUAAACAUCAGAGUAGUUUAGUGUGAAUAUUGGUGGAACGGGUAUACUACGGCGGCAAGUGCAUAGGACGGCCCGUGAAGGCAGAAAUUGAGUCGUUUAAAAUAUGAAAGCUGCCGGCGUAGUGCUACAUUCCGGUAGUUGGUCAAGAUGGUCACUGUUCUUACUUUUGUGGACAAACUUUGCUAGCGUGCUUUGUCGAACUGCUUUUGAAAAACUCACGGAAUUAGAGUACAAAGGCACGACAUAUUAUACAGUAAAAAACUUGACGCUGUAUGAGUGCCAGGGAUGGUGUCGAGAAGAGCCAGAGUGUCAAGCAGCUUCAUUUAGUUUCGUUUUAAACCCGUUGACGCCCAUUCAAGAAACUAUUUGCCAAUUACAGAAUGAGACAACUGCUAAUAAUCCAGCGGCAACCCCUCAGCGGUCCGUCAACUUGUAUUACAUGGUGAAAAUGCAAAUACGAUCGGAUAAUGUAUGUCUGAGGCCAUGGUCCUUUGAAAGAGUACCGAACAAAAUGAUUCGGGGACUAGAUAACGCGUUGAUCUACACGUCGACGAAAGAAGCGUGUCUAGCCGCCUGCUUGAACGAGCACCGUUUCACCUGCCGUUCCGUGGAGUACAAUUACGUAACACUCCAGUGUCAUUUGAGCGAUUCGGACAGGAGAACCACUGGCCAGUACGUGCAGUUUGUAGAAGCUCAGGGUGUCGAUUACUUUGAAAAUCUCUGCAUCAAAGGCAAUCAAGCUUGCAAAGGAAAUCGCGUGUUCCAAGUGCCCAGGAUCGGAGUGGCCGACGACAAAGUGGCACAGUACGCCUCGUUGCAUUACUACAACGACAAGGAACUACAGGUGACCAGCGAGUCGGCGUGUCGGUUGGCUUGCGAAAUCGAGAACGAGUUCCUCUGCCGGUCGUUCAUCUUCAAAGGACCGCCAGUGGGCACGGCGUACAACUGCGAACUGUUCCACUUGGACCACAAGACGCUGCCAGAUGGACCCAGUACGUACUUGAACGCCGAACGACCACUGAUCGACGACGGGCAAAAGAUCGGCAAUUACUACGAAAACUACUGCGAGAAAUCCACGACGCCACCUCACGAACAGCUGCCGGUCGUGUUCGAGAGCACCGACGAUCCGUCGCUGAACUUGACUAGAACUGAUCUGAACUGUGACAAGACCGGAACGUGUUACGAUGUGUCCGUGCAUUGCAAGGAUACCAAGAUAGCUGUUCAAGUACGCACGAACAAACCAUUCAACGGUAGAAUAUACGCGCUCGGAAGAUCAGAGACAUGCAACAUAGACGUGCUCAACAGCGACCAAUUCCGAUUGGAUCUAACAAUGGCUGGUCAAGACUGUAAUACUCAGUCGGUGACCGGAGUGUUUUCCAAUACAGUGGUCCUCCAACACCACAGCGUUGUUAUGACGAAAGCUGACAAAAUCUACAAAGUCAAGUGCACGUACGACAUGUCUUCAAAGAACAUCACAUUCGGAAUGAUGCCAAUCAGGGAUCCGGAGAUGAUAAGCAUUACUUCAGCACCAGAAGCACCACCACCGAGGAUCAGGAUCUUGGACUCCCGAGCAAGGGAAGUGGAGACGGUUCGAAUCGGCGACAAGCUGACGUUCAGGAUCGAAAUCCCCGAAGACACGCCGUACGGUAUAUUCGCGAGGAGUUGCGUGGCCAUGGCCAAGGAUUCGAAGAGCACGUUCCAGAUCAUCGAUGAUGAAGGGUGUCCGGUGGACCCGACCAUAUUCCCCGGUUUCUCGCCCGAAGGCAACGCACUGCAGUCCGUCUACGAAGCGUUCCGGUUCACGGAGUCGUACGGUGUGAUAUUCCAGUGCAACGUUAAAUACUGUCUGGGCCCUUGCGAACCGGCUGUUUGCGAAUGGGGCCGAGAUUCCGUCGAGUCCUGGGGACGGCGCAGGAGGUCGGUGUCUGGAGCGCAGCCCAGCAACAAUGACACUGCCGAAAACAGUGAAGACAUGACGCAGAUCAGUCAGGAAAUACUGGUGUUGGACUUUGGUGAUGAAAAACAAUCGCAGUUCUUGAAGAGCAACGAGCCGCAGUACACAGAUUUCAGCAAAGACAAGACAAUCACUAUUGUGGAACCGUGUCCGACCAAAACGUCCGUACUCGCAUUGGGCAUCACGUGUAUGCUGCUCAUAUUGAUUUACGUGAGCACAGUAUUCUGUUACUACAUGAAGAAAUGGAUGACUCCAAGAAAAAUGAUGGCAUAGAAAAUGUGUCCACUAAAAACAUUGCCUACUCUUGUCAAUAAGCCAUGGUUGAUAAUAUAUACUCAAAUUAAAACCAACAAACAAAAAUAAAAUAUUAAUAAUAAAACGACAAUAUUAUAUUGUACGUCCAAAACGUGUAAUAAGUAAAAUAUGUAAUAUCCCGCCAAAUUAAUUUCCUAUAUUUAGGAAAUACUGCACAAUCAUUUUUACCAUCGCUCAUAUCGAUAGGAACAGUAAAAAUAAUGUACCUAUCACAAACCUACUACUGAAAUCGAAUUUAUAAAAAACUAAUGUAAAUGUUAUCGCCCCUGGCGAUAAACUUAACAUUUUUGUAUAUAAAACAGGAUUAGUCCUAUAUUAUAUAAUUUGAAUAAUUUAAGUUUGAUUUUGUGCCUAUUGGAAUUUCGCGCAUUUCCAUACAGUAAAUAUUUUAUAUUAUAUCAUAUCCGUAAUUUUUAUUUCCCAAUACAAUUAUUAGUAUCGUCGUUAUAAAAUAAUUGUGUAUUUGAACGUCAUACUUACAUGCACAAUGCACGUGCAUGAUACUAUAUAUUUACUAUAUGUGUGUAAAGUAUACUUGUCAUGAAGAUGAAA